UUGUUGUCAAAAAUUUGGCAAGUCAAGUGAGACAGGGCCGAGAGGGUUUUGCUGUUUGUUUGUGGGUUUUGUGCUUCCUUUGGAGAGAGGAAUGGCGCAAUCAGUCGCUUCUAAAUCCUCUAUGUUGAGAUCGCUGUGUGUAGCUGUGGGUGAAGGCUCACCGUGGCGGCGUUCCUACGCCAAGUUGGCCUCUUCUUCUAAUGCGGAAGGGCGGAGGGAGAAACAAGCAGAAGAAGAGGCAGAAGACGACGGCUUCGCAGUGAGCUCGGGAAUCAGCAGACCCCUCUCUGAAAUCCUCAAGCAACUCAACAAGAAAGUCCCUGAUUCCCUCGUCAAAACCCGCUCCGAAAGUGGCUUUACCUCCAAAUACAUCCCCUGGCACAUUGUUAAUCGGAUUAUGAACUUGCAUGCUCCAGAAUGGUCCGGUGAGGUCCGCAGCAUCACUUACUCUGCUGAUGCCAAGUCUGUAUCUGUUGUUUAUCGUGUCACGCUCUAUGGCACUGAUGCUGAGAUCUUUAGGGAGUCGACCGGCACUGCUUCAGUAGAUGACACAAGUUUUGGGGAUCCUGUACAGAAGGCAGAAGCAAUGGCAUUUCGUCGCGCUUGUGCACGUUUUGGUCUUGGGCUUCAUCUUUAUCACGAGGAUUUGUCAUAGUUGCACAUAGUGCUUGUGCUAUGAAGUACAGGCUUCUUUGCACUUUUUGGUGUUAUUUUUGUUUUUGUGUUGGUAGAGUUCGAAACGGAUGCGACCCUGUCAUACUCGAAAUGCGAAAGUAAGGAGUGACUUAUACUCAUCUUAUUUGGACUCCCCAAACAAUGUAAACAUGACACUUAUCAAUAUCUAGGAUGCUUACCUUUCUGUUUCUGCUUCUUUAUUCAAGCUUCUUAUAUCUGUAACUAAAACUCUACUUAAGGUGAGUUGAUCAUACGGAUUUAGGUGGUUCCACUUAGUACUCUUAGAUGUCUUGGCUCUCUUCUCAUAUGGC